UAACUCUCAAGUAGUUCUUCAACUCUUCGACAGAUAUUUUUGAUAUUAAAUCGUAAUCCAUGUUUGUUUUAAAUGUUUUAAAAAGUUGGUAAAUAAUUUGAUAGCUAUAGCGCGAUGUUUAUACUUCGUUUUCUCAAGUGUACUGAAUCUUAGCGGCACCCCCAAAUGGUACCGAGACUCCCGGCCGGGAUUACGUAAUCGCAUAAUGUUAAAUAGGUGUAUUAUAGUGGCAUGGUGCAGCUAUAUAUUAUACUAGUAUUGAGUCAUCAACGUAACCAUGUGUCAGUCAGAUACAGACCAGAUACAUACGUUUUGACAUAUAUAAUAACUGGCUCCUUUUGCCUGUUAUUGUCGUAACGUGCAUAAACACCUAAAUAAAAUCGUAUUGUCUAAAAAGUUUUACAAUUGUUAGGUCAAAAUUUACAAUUGUCAAUUAAUUUAUGUUUGUUGCUUUACUAAGAGAUUAAAGUCAUAAAACAUAUGAUGUGGCAUUUCAUGCAGUCAGAGAAAAUUAUUAUUUAAUCUGUAAAAUCGAUUGUUAUUUAAUCCGUAACCGAUUUAAUUAAGCGUAUAACUAUUUAGUUAAUUAAAUGGUAUGAACUUCUUAAUCCAGUUUUUUAAUCUUUUUCAACCAAAUCAACAGCAUAUGAUUUUAUUUUUUUGUUUAUGUGUUCUGCACCGAGAGUAUAUUAGCUAGAGUGUAAAAGAAGGUCUGUUCGGGAGAGAUAGGAUUAGUUAUGUAUACCUGUAUAUACCUUGUGUUGUAUUUAAGCUAGCUAGAUAGCUGCUUAACAUGUCUUUAAGGAAAUCUUCAUUGUGUUCCCUGUGCACAAAAGCUAGCAUAGCUAGCUUUAGAGUCUAGUAGCUACCUCCUCAACUGCACUGCAAAAAAAACAGAAGCCUACUUUAACAGCCUCUGGGUACAACUAAAAGCUAUUUAAUUUUGUUUGCACGUUAAGCUAUACUAACAAUGCCAAAUAUUUUAUUUUUCACAAAAAUAAAUUCAGUCCAGCAGAACAUAAACAUUCCAGCGUGCCGUUCGCACAUAAACUUACCCGCCAUUAUUGUUUUUCUGUUAUUAUUAAAUUUUUUACGCAUAAUUUAAUUUAUCUUCAUAAUUAACGGAAACUUGAGAAACCAAUCAGAUGUCAGAACUGACCAGUGUGGCCCAGGGUCAUUUCUUCUUGCUGUCCGAGAUCGUCAAAAAGAGAAAAAUGGGCCUGGGAACGAGGUUGUAUUUUAUUUACAUUCAGUUAUUAUUAUUAUUCAAAAUAUUUAUACAGGAAAGCUACUUCAGUGUUGGAAACACUGUUCUCAAUGUGGGUCCCAUGUUCUGAAUGUAUACAUUAAGUGUACACUGGUAUUGCCUACCCAGUUAUCCUCGGAUGGGUUCCCCACAUAGCACUUGCUAAAGAUACUUGCUCUGUGGACCGAACCACGGACCUUGUGAUUACCAAGCAAACUCCAUAACUACAAAGCCAUGCGCCAAAAAAUUCCUUGUUUUUAACUAUAUAUUUAUAUAAUAACACGUUUAACAUUUUUUUUAUUGGCACUAAAAUAUUUAAACUAGUCUCUUUAUAUAAUUUCGCUAUCUAGAACUUUAACAGCCAAAGUUGACUACCUUUAUUGUUUUCAGAAUUGGUUUCUCUUCCGUAUAUUAUUCAUUUAUCAUUGACACAAUCAUAACUGUGAAAGUUUCAACAUAUCUAAAGUAGUAAACUUUGCUAACUACGAAAAUUCAUCUUUGUUCCAUGAAAUACCAUUACAAAAUGCCACGAAAUCCAUUAAAUACCAUUAUAUAUGUGCCUCACAUAAUUAUUCUUAUUUUCCAGGGUGAACAAAAUGGCAACAUCAUCAACAGGUGGUUUAACUCAUCAAACUUUGAUAGCUAAAAACGAAUAUCAGCUGAAGUUAGUGACACUCAGCAAUGAAGCUUGUGAUUAUCUUCGUUCAAUGCUGCAUGAUCCGAAGCGGGGUAACAUGCCACGUGAUGAGAAACAGUUGUAUCAGGCCUUAUUACCAUUUAAGAAGAAGUUGAACCAUCUGAAAAAAGAUCAGUUAGAAAUCGUAUUUCCACAGAAUAAAAAAACAAACUCGGCAUUGUUUGACAUUACUCUGCUGUGCGAUAUCUUAAUAAAUUGUUGUCGUGGCAUACAGGCACCAGUUGGUGGUUGGAAGAUCAAAUCACCACAACCAAAUGAUUUUAGUGAUGGUGCUGAAAUUAUUAGAAUAAGAAUUGCAAGAAACAAGGUUAUGCAUGGAAGAGCGAUAAAUGCAAUUCAAUAUAAUCAGUCAUGGAACAACAUAGAAGCAAUAUUACAAAGACUGGGCUAUGAUGUAACACAGUCAGUUGACUUAAAAACAGGUUGUUUAAAAGACAUGGAGCUGUUCAGAGUUGCGAUAAUCCAGGCUGACAUUGAAAUACAAAAGUUUAACAUAGAACAAGUUCAAAAUGACACUGGGAAGAAUCGAGAUGACAUCAAACAAAACAAAGAUGGCGUUAAACAAAUCCAAAACGAAAAUGUGCAAAAUCAAAAUGAAAUAAAAAAAAAUCAAGUUGACAUCAUACAAAAUCAAACUGCCAUCACGAAUAAUGAAAGAAGCAUUUCACGAUUGGAAGAAGAAGUGAAAACAGUAAAAGAAGCCAUCGGUGUAACAUUGCCUACAUCAAUUGAUAGAAAACUUCACCUAAAAGGAAGCAACAUGGAGCAGGCUAGUUAUAUGCUGUUUCACAACACUCAUAAAAAUUUACUUGUUCAAUUCGAUGAUAAGUUGCCUAUAUCUUGUGUAAAAGUAACUGAAGAUAUGUCUACACGCUUAAAGAAACUAGGGGUGAGCACUGAUUAUGUGGUUGAAAAGAAAAAUCAAGGAGUGACUUUGACGAUUUACAGCCACGUCGCUGUUUCUAUUCGCAGCCUGUUUAUUUAUACAGCUGGUGAUGAAGAUGAAUCUCCUCAUGUUUUUAUUGAAGAUAUUGAAGUUGCUUGCGCACAUUGGUGUGACAAUCCAACCACUUCUUUAGAAGUCAUGACGCAUAACAGUGCUACUCUAUCUGAACAGAUCAACUCUAUUUCUAAAUCGGCAACAGAAGAGAAGAAUGUGGAAUUCUUUUGUGGUGGAAAGCUCCAAAGAAUGACCUCUGCCGAAUACGAAUCGUUUGGAAGAUCAUAUUUGGACCGAUAUUACAAACACGAUGCUGGGUAUGUUGAGGAAUCGAUGCAAUUUCCACCACCAAUGCUGCAGGAUGCGUGUUCUAUACUAGCGCGUAAUAUAAAAGAAGUUAUGGCCAGAUCAAAAUAUUCUGCUUUUACCAUAUUCACUCAUUAUAACUACAUGGAACAUCUCAAGUUCUUAAAAUUGGAGGGAGAAUUACCUUACCCCUUGGAAGGAGCUUCGGUUUGUGAGAACAGAAUCUUAAUGUUUUAUCAUAACACAAUCAUGAACAUUCGGUAUACAGAAACAACAGAUGCAUUUGAUAUACAAGCAGAAUUUAAAGCAGGCGAAGGCGAUUUGAAAAUGUUAGCCAUGAUCAAUAAGAAUUAUAUCGAAACCUGCAAUAAGGUAAUGAUAAAUGUUGUAGCUGCUCCUUACUUUGAGGAUACUCUGAACGAUAGUAUUUGCGCUAAUUGCAAAUUAUUGUGCAGAAAGAAAUUAUCGGGGGAUGUAACUAUUCGGCACUUUUUUUCAAAUAUUUUGGAAAAUCUGCCUGAAGAAAAUAAUGUUAAUAAGAAUGAAGAACAGUAUAUGAAUAUGGUCGGCAGAGUUAUGUGCUUUUUAGCAACACGAAAUGCUUUGUAUAGUGUGCCUUCGCUCAGUCAUAGCGUCCAUGAUCAAGUCACUUCCAUAAUGCUAUCUCCGCAACAACUCAGAAUUUUGUACGGGAAGUCAAUGAAAAAGACCAUCACUGGUCCUUUGGGAAGUGGCAAAACUGUCUUAGCUUUAUGCCACUUAGAACUUGCAUAUUGGGGCGCAAAAUGCAACACUGUAAUUUACUAUGUCGUUUGGAAUGAUAAAUCAUUGUUGAAGCAAGAUGUGAUCAAAUAUGCAAGCAGAUUACAUUGUAAAGCGAAUGUGACGGUAUGUAUCAAAGAUAUCGUUGAGUUAGCAAAGGAGUUAGAAAUGGUAAAAGUUCCAAAUCCUUCACAGUUAUUGGCUUCGUUAGUUAAAUCACACGUUGGUAAAAUUCUCCAUCUCAUAAUUGAUGAACUAGAUGGGGAAUGUAUGGAUAAGAAGGAAUCGUUAUCACUAAAAGAGUACUUGGAUACAGAGGUAGCUGUACAAAAUUCCAUCAUUGUUUUCUUUCCACAGUCGAUUGAAAAACAUCGAGAAUUUGUUUCUGACCAAGGUAUCACACAACACGACAAAUACAAGUAUGAAGAAACAGGAAUGAAGAUUUUGCAACUUAACAGAGCAAUGAGAACAUCCAAGACCAUCUUCCAGUUCUUAAGGGCAUUUGAAAACAAGCUAAUAGAAGAAAAAGUGAUGAUAAAACAUCCAGUUCCUGAAAACAAACAAAAACAAGUCACAUCACUUGAUGAUAACAGCGCUAAAAAUACAAUGAUUUUCGCGCCUAACCAACUGCAACCCUUGCAACAAGAAUGUCAGAAAGACCUGCCAAACGUAACGAAACCAGUUUCUGAAAGUAUUCAAAUCGGUAAUGUAGUAACACUCUUUGACGAAGACAGCGCCGAGAAUAUCUCCUUAACUGAGCUACUUCAACGUCCUCAGGAGCAAUAUCAUCUGCAAGAACAAAAAGUAGCCGCAGCUAGGACUUUCACAUUUCAGUCUGGAGAUAGAGAAUUUUUUGAAUCUCCAAUUGACAUUGACAUCCUUGCUGCUUCUGUCAAUGAUAAAAGUCUUUCUGAUGAUUUCAGAACGGAUAUAAAGUUCAAUUGCAACUCUGCAGAUUUUAUUGGACAUAAUAUCGAAGGUGAAAAACCGUUACUAAUACAUCCAGCAACAGAAGACAUGACGGAAGAAAAGUUCAUAGUUUUGCUGGCAUUUGUUUUAAAACAUUUAGGUUUGCGCUGCAAUACUAAACGCCUUUUUAUCUACAACCAGAUGCAUCAAAUGAAUAUAUUUUCCAGGCUACUUAGGCUAUUAGACAUGGAGUAUUUUCACUACGACGAGUCGACAAAUUGGAAAGUUUUUAAAGGUGACGCUACAAUAGCUGACAUUCUUCCAGUGUGUGAAGGUUACAACAUGCUUACUACUCAUGAGGGAAGUCGUGGCACUGAAGCGGCUGAAUGUAUCUGCAUAAUUGAAAGGGAUGAUUGCAAAUUGAAGCAUCUAACACUGGAAGGAAUGUCAAGAGCGACGCAAAGGUUGGUCCUUGUUUCAACAUCCAGCAUAAACUCAUCAAAUAUCCUAAAAUCAUCAAUUGGUCAUAUCAUAAAGGACCUUGUAUCAGAUCAUUUAGUCGAAUAUCGUUUAACACAUUCUAAGCAUCGAGACUCCGAAGUUAAAUAUACGCUGUAUCCAAUAAGCGAUAACAAAAUAAAUUUUAAUGUGAACACACGUUCCUGGCAAUAUGAGGAAUUAAUAGAGAAUAUUAAGUUUAUGAAUUUUCAGCAAGAAAGUGCUAAAGUAGAGAAUGUAUACGAAGUCAUUUUCAAAAAUCUACAUCCUCCUAACAAGGUUAGCAACAUCGUUUGCAUUUAUGAUUCAGACAGAUCGUGUACAAUAAGCUGGAAAAAUGAAGGCUUUAGAUAUACAAUCAAGAUAACACACCUCCAGAGCUUUAAUUGGCGUACUGUAGCAAGUAAUAUCGCCUCCAAUCACGCCUACAACGAAUAUAUUGUUGACGAUAUGGUUUUGGACGAAAUAUACCUGUUGUGCGUCAUUGCUAAUAAUCAAGUUGGUCAAUCUGAUAAAAGCGUAGUGUUCUAUCAUCACAAGAAGCAGGAGGAGAAAAUUAUCGAUACUGAAGAAAUUGAUCGUUACUAUGACCCCGCGGACGAUUACGAAUUUGACUCUAUUGCUUCUGGCCUUGAUGAUUACUCAUAUGAUUUCCUAUCUGAUUACCAAAAGGAUAUUGAUUACGAAGAUAAUAUUCACAAAACUGUUAUGGAUUACGAAUAUUAUGGCGGUUAUGAAUAUGAUCAUUAUUAAAAUGAACAAAAAGAAGAAGAAAAAAAAGAAGAAAAAAAAGAAGAAAAAGAAGAAGAAAAGAAGAAAAAAAAGAAAAAGAAUGAGUGGUGCAUGGCCUUGUAAUUAUUGGGUUCGCUUCGUAAUCACAGGUCCGUGAUUUGGUCCACAGCACUGGGAUAUUUAGAAAGUGUCUUCAUCACAGCUACGGGUCAACCCAUGCCAUGUGAGUGAAAUGUGGUAGGCAAUGCCGGUGUAUACCUAAUGUAUACUUUCAGAACACAAGAGCCACAGUAUUUCCAACUGAAGUGGCUAUAUCCUAUAUAGUUAUUUGGAAUAAUAA